AUGUCCUCCAAGGUUGUCGGCUGCUACUCACCUUGCGGCAAACUCUCAUACUCGAAUUGGGCAAACCAAGUGGGCCAGAAUGCUCCGAACAGCGAGAUUGCCAAAAUGUAUUGCUGCCCGACGCCGCCUGUGAGCCCGGAAGAGUGCAGGACAGGCCCUGUUGAGCAGACCGAGUUUGUGAAGCUGAUUCAUCAGAAGUGCGCAAACGUGUAUGGCUAUGCGUAUGACGAUGCUGUUGGGCUACAGGUGUGCCCAGCAGGCACAACCUACACCUGGACCCUCGGCUGCCCAACGGAGGUUGUGCGUGGCUAG